AUGGAUUUCUCCGGGCUCCACGUCUUCCCCACCCCUAGCACAGACGCGGCGCCGGCAGCCUGGGCCAGCCGGAGACCAGAUCUGACGGGGGCCGAAAGGUUGGAGACGGAGGCGUCAGAUCCGGGACGGGCGCCCCCGCGGCCACCGCGCCCCACAGCCACCACCCGCCGCCGCCUUGCCACCCGCGCGGCCAAGGAGGACGGCCAGCACCAGCGACGGCCACUGGCUGAGGUCGCCGUCGCUCCACCACCCGAGGCCGCCGCCUCGGCUCCAAAUCCCCUGCACGCGACAGGGCGGAACAGAUCCUCGCCACCACCCUCCCCGAGCGGACGCGCGGCGCUCCGGCGACCCCCUCCGGUGGUGGUGAGGGAGAGGAAAGGGGGGAGGGGAGGCUGGCGGCGGGCUAGGUUAUCGCCGCCCGAGUCGCCCCUGUGGGAGCGACGCGGGGGCAAAUAG